AUGGACUAUUCCGGAACCAUGACUUGUGAUUCAUGGAAGCAGUGGCCAAAUGCGCCUAAGCUGACGGCUCACUCGCUGGAACUCCGUUUGAUCAAUAUCAUGGCGGGUAGCGACUUCUAUGAGUUUGUGAUCCUUGCUUGGGUUCACCACCUCAUGCACAAGAUUCCAGUGCCGGGCAUGGCAGAAGAAAGCGGCUGCUUUGAAGAAGGACCAUCGUGA